AUGUCGCUUUCUCAACGCCCCAAAGCCCUCUUGACCGACGUGUUCGGUACCGUGGUUGACUGGCGCAGCACGGUCGAGAAGCACCUUACACUCUCUGCGUCCGAAUCGCUGAAUUCCUCCACCAAGUCGAUCCCCAGUGCCGUUCGUGCAGCGGCCUCGGAAAUUUCCUGGCCCGCCGUUGCGCAGUUAUGGCGCAACUCCUACUAUGAGUUCACGCGCACCUACGACCCGGGCGCAAGGGACAAGAGCAGCUUCAAGACGGUGGACCAGCACCACGUCGAGGCUCUGCACACGAUCCUCGUGGACCACGGCCUCGACGGCCUCUGGACCGACGAGGAGGUCCAAAAGAUAAGUAUGAUAUGGCACUUUCUCGACCCGUGGCCGGACUCAUCGCCCGGGCUGGCGCAGCUGAACGGGUCCUUCGUCACCGCGACCCUCAGCAACGGCAACACCAGCCUGCUUUCAGACCUCGCCCGGCACGGAUCUCUGUCGUAUACUCACAUUGUCUCUGCCGAGGAUUUCGGCGCCUAUAAACCGCACCCGAGCGUCUAUCUGGGCGCCGCGAAGAAGCUAGGAGUUGAACCGCAAGAAUGCGCCUUGAUCGCCGCCCACCUGGGAGAUCUCAAGGCCGCGCGUGGCUGCGGCUAUCAGACUGUGUACAUCGAGAGGCCACAGGAGGAGUCGUGGUCCUCCGACGAGACGGCAAAAGCCAAACAGGAAGGUUGGGUCGACAUGUGGAUUGGCCUGGACGAAGGCAAUGGAGGGUUUCUGGAAGUUGCCAAAAGAUUCGGCCUCAGAAAUUGA